CUUAUUCCAUCAUUACAUAACACAAAGUGUCAACAACAAAACCUGUACCUUACCAUUGAAUCCUUCCUCUUCUCAUAUCUCUUACUCUCAACCUUUCCACAACAAUCACAAUGCUGCUUCUUUACCUCUUUUUACUCCUCCUUCCACACACAGCAUUCUCAUCACACUGCACCACACAAACCAACACAAAAACCUUCCAAAAAUGCAUGAACCUCCCAACACAACAAGCCUCCAUAGCAUGGACUUUCCACCCUUACAACUCCACCUUGGAACUAGCCUUCUUCGGAACCUUCAUCUCCCCUUCCGGUUGGGUUGGUUGCGGAAUCAACCCAACUUCACCUGAGAUGACAGGGACACGUGCCUUAAUAGCAUUCCCCGACCCAAACUCAGGCCAAAUAGUCCUUCUACCUUACAUUCUUGAUCCAACCGUUAAGCUCCAAAAAUCGCCACUCCUAUCUCGGCCCCUUGACCUCCACCUCCUCUCCUCCACUGCCACAAUGUAUGGCGGAAAAUUAGCCACUGUCCACAACGGCGCAGCCAUCCAAAUCUAUGCCUCAAUCAAACUCAAACCGAACAAAACGAAAAUCCACCUUGUUUGGAACCGUGGACUCUAUGUCCAGGGCUACUCACCCACCAUUCACCCAACAACUUCUAGUGACUUGUCUUCCAUUACAACCUUUGAUGUUCUAUCAGGAUCUUCAGCAUCUCAGCACCGUGAUCUGACAGGAUUAAGGGUCAUCCAUGGAACCUUGAAUGCAAUCUCAUGGGGUCUUCUUUUGCCAAUGGGGGCCAUAAGUGCUCGUUACCUUAGGCACAUUCAAGCAUUAGGAACUACAUGGUUCUAUGCACAUGCAGGGAUUCAACUCUUUGCCUUCACACUUGGAACUGCUGGUUUUGCACUUGGAAUACGCCUUGGGCAGCUUUCUCCAGGAGUGGAAUAUGGGCUUCAUAGGAAGCUUGGAAUCGCUGUGUUCUGCUUAGGGGCAUUGCAGACACUUGCAUUGUUUUUCAGGCCAAAUGCAAGGAACAAGUUCAGGAAGUAUUGGAAGUCCUAUCACCAUUUUGUAGGGUACUCUUGUGUGGUUCUUGGGUUUGUGAAUGUGUUUCAAGGUUUUCAAGUGAUGGGGGCAAGUAGGUCUUAUGCUAAGUUGUGUUAUUGCUUGGGUCUCUCUACUCUCAUUGGAAUUUGCAUAGCCUUGGAGGUGAAUUCUUGGGUUGUGUUUUGUAGAAAAUCCAAGGAAGAGAAGCUAAGAAGGGAAGGACUCAUUGGGGUUUCAGACAAAGGGAGCAGUGCCAUCCAUCAUUAAGUGCAAAUAACACAACCUUGAUUUUGAUUUUGAUUUUGGAAGCAUAUAAUAUCUACAGCAAUGGGUUUUACAUGAAAAAUGCUACUGUGUUAGAACAUGGGCUGUCUUCUAAUUGUUCAAUUCAUAGAAGAAUGAUGCAUACAAUGAAGCAUCAAGUCUUGAACGAGGAUGCGUUUGCAAUUUUUAAAAUUUACGUGGCAUCAACAAAUAAAACAAAAACAUUUAAGGGUGUUAAAUGCA